CCAUGAACGUGUCAGCGCUGGGCAGUGGGAGCAACUGUUCAAAGGAUUGUGUGGUAGGGUCUGGCUGUCUGGAGGACUGUGGGAACCAGAGUGACUGGACUGACUGGGAAUGGGAGAACUUCAGUGGGGCUGAGCUGGUGUGUGUGACAGCUGUGUGUGUGCUGCUGCUGGCCCUGGGCAUCACAGGAAAUAUGUUAACCAUCCUGGUAGUUUGGCUCCGGCCACACCUGAGAAGCACCACCUACCUCUACCUGAGUAGUAUGGCCGUCUCCGACCUCCUCAUACUGCUUCUGAUGCCUUUAGAUCUGCACUACAAGCUGUGGAGGUUCCGGCCCUGGGAUCUGGGUGAUACAGUGUGUAAGCUGAGUGUGUUCGUCAGUGAGAGUUGUACCUACUCCUCCAUCCUCCACAUCACCGCCCUUUCUCUGGAGCGCUACCUCGCUGUCUGUCGACCACUCACAGCCAAGACCCUGGUCACACGGACCCGCGUCCGCACUCUCAUUGGCUGCCUGUGGGUUGUGGCCCUGAUCAGCGCCGGGCCGGUGUUUGCUAUGGUAGGGGUAGAGGAGCUGGGGGGAGGUGAGGGGCAGAGCGAGUGUCGCUGUACGGACUACGCCGUCUCCUCAGGCCUGCUGGGGGCCAUGAUGUGGCUCUCCAACCUCUACUUCCUGAUGCCGCUGGGCAUUCUGGGAGUUGUGUAUGGCCUGAUUGGCAGGAAGCUAUGGCUCCGCCCACAACGCAGCAGCCGAGACCGUGCCCAGCGACACACCAUCAAAAUGCUAGGGAUGAUCGUGCUGGCGUUUGUUCUGUGUUGGCUGCCAUUCCACGUUGGUCGGACGUUGUUCUCUGUGACUCUGGGCUCCAGCGCUGAUAUGUACUACAUCUCUCAGUACUUUAACCUCGUCUCCUUUGUGUUGUUCUACCUCAGUGCUGCUGUCAACCCUAUCCUCUACAACACCAUGUCAGCACGCUACCGCCACGCUGUCCGCAGCCUGCUGCGCUCACACACCCCCCGCUCCCGCCACCCCCCACUCACGCCACAACACUCUACCACCACUCUGUAACUCACACACACCACAACACUCUACCACCACCCUGUAACUCACACACCCCCCACUCCCGCCACCCCCCACUCACGCCACAACACUCUACCACCACCCUGUAACUCACACACACCACAACACUCUACCACCACCCUGUAACUCACACACACCACAACACUCUACCACCACCCUGUAACUCACACACCCCCCACUCCCGCCACCCCCCACUCACGCCACAACACUCUACCACCACCCUGUAACACACACACACCACAACACUCUACCACCACCCUGUAACUCACACACCCCCCACUCCCGCCACCUCCCACUCACGCCACAACACUCUACCACCACCCUGUAACUCACACACACCCCACUCACGCCACAACACUCUACCACCACCCUGUAACUCACACACCCCCCGCUCCCGCCACCCCCCACUCACGCCACAACACUCUACCACCACCCUGUAACUCACACACACCCCACUCACGCCACAACACUCUACCACCACCCUGUAACUCACACACACCCCACUCACACCACAACACUCUACCACCACCCUGUAACUCACACACACCCCCUGCUCCCGCCACCCCCCACAACACUCUACCACCACCCUGUAACUCACACACCCCACGCUCCCGCCACCCCCCACAACACUCUACCACCACCCUGUAACUCACACACACCCCGCUCCCGCCACCCCCCACUCACGCCACAACACUCUACCACCACCCUGCAACUCACACACCCCCCGCUCCCGCCACCCCCCACAACACUCUACCACCACCCUGUAACACACACCCCCUGCUCCCGCCACCCCCCACAACACUCUACCACCACCCUGUAACACACACCCCCCGCUCCCGCCACCCCCCACAACACUCUACCACCACCCUGUAACUCACGGACACACACACACACACACACAGAAAACCUUGGAGAUGGAUGGAGGAAUAAGACUUUGUUUAGAGGCACAUUGACUUUAGUGAGACAUAUUGUCAGAUUUAUUGUAUAAUAUUUGAUUAAUAUAUAUUUGCCAUUUUGAUGACUGUUGGUUCUAAACCCCUGAAGGUGUGUGUGUUCUCAGAGUGAUGUGUAAUAAACUGUAAUUUCAG